UCGUCGAAAUAUUGCAGGCUUGAAAAGUUGGAAUCUCUGGUAAAUUUUGAAGCAUGUCCGAGUAUGUCGCAGAGUCAAAGACGCUCUCCUUUUUUGGACAAGCUCUUAAACUCAACAGUGAUGUCGAUGCCAGGCCAGUUGCCGAAAAGAUCCUUGCGGCAAAUCCCCUUGAAAUUCUGUGCUUGCAAGGUUGUACAGUGGGACCAGAUGCCGCCAAAGAAAUUGCCAAAGCUUUGGAAUCGAAAUCUGAAUUACAAAGAAUGCAGUUCCAAGAUAUGUUUACGGGAAGAUUGAAGCAAGAAAUUCCACAGUGCCUGAGGUUCUUCGGCGCUGGCUUGGACCUAGCUGGUUCUCACUUAGUGGAACUCAAUUUAAGUGAUAAUGCUAUUGGACCAAUCGGCUCAGAGGGAUUGUGCCCGAUUCUACGGAGUCAAGUGUGCUAUACACUGAAGGAGCUCCGCUUGAACAACACGGGACUGGGUCCGACGGGAUCCACGAUGGUUGCUGAAGCCUUAUUGGACCUGUACAACGCCAGCAGUUCUGAAGGAAGACCUGUUGGAUUAACCGUGUUCAUUGCUGGUCGCAGUCGAUUAGAAAAUACCGGUGCCAAACUUUUCUCCGAAGUAUUUGCCAAAAUGGGAACUUUGCAAGAAUUGUCGGUGCCACAAAAUGGCAUUUUCCCGGACGGUAUUCAGAAUCUGUGCAAUGCGCUUGAAAAAAACCCCAACUUACGAAUACUCAAUUUGGAGGAUAAUACUGUCAAGGCAGUAGGAGCGAAAUGCGUGGCAACGUUGCUUCGAAAGCUUGAACAUCUGGAAGAGCUCAAUCUUGGGGAUGGUUUAUUGAAAACGACGGGAGCGAACCACUUAGCUGAUGCACUUCAAGAUACACCAUCGAAGUUGAAGGUGUUGAACGUUUCAUCAAAUGAGAUUAGGUUGCCUGGUGGACUGAAAAUCGUGGAGAGCUUGCGGCAGCAUGCAGAGUCUUUGAAAAAUGUCAAUUUGGAUCUUAACUGGUUCGGUGAUACAGGCGCGGAGGAGGUUAUGUCUCGCGUUUCCGAAGUUGGCGUGGAACACUGCUUUGAACCCAUGGGAGAAAAUGUUGAGCCAGAUUCAGACGAUGAGAGUGAGAACGAUCAGGCGGCAAACGGAGGUGAAGAGGACGAGGAAACCUCAGUUUCAUUCAUCGGUCCAAGCGGCAAAACGAUUCUUGCCAAAGAAGUUGUUCUAAAGCCGUGCGUUUCUGGCUUGCGGAAAUUAGGACAUUCACCAGUACCUUCAUUAUUUCUGGGCAUGGAGGAUGCGUUUCCUCUUGUGGAUACUGCUGAACGUGACGUAGAGUUAAUCGCUCGAAUAGCGGAUGUUCUCCCGGAUUUGGGUGAUUUGAAAUCGUCCGAAGGCCAGUUUGUUUCGUCGAUCAUUAAGGAGUUGUUCGCCAAAAUUUUUCGACCAGUGGGCUCUAGCGGUGACGCGUCUGGCGACGACGGCCGCCAGGUGGAACUGUUGCAAAAUCAUGUUCUCGUCGUUCUGGGCCUCAUAAAAUUCGUUGUGACGGGGAAACGGAGCGCACUCCCAUUACCGAUCCAAAGGUUGAAAAGCUACGACGGCUACAAGCUCAUUAGUGUGAUACCGUAUACAUUCAAUCAAGUUGCGAGAUUACAGAUACUUCGGCAAGAAGAAAAUCUGGACUUCUGGUUGGGACGUGGACAACUUUUUCAAGUGACCGAAAUUCUAGUGUCGCCCAUCCAAUAUGAUCGUCUGGUUGCGAAGUUGAGGAAUCAUAUCCUAACAUUGCGGAUUGCGCAUGAUGACAUCGGAGGUCUCAUACGGAGAUCUGUGUCGGAAGUUGGAAUUGGAUUUUUACCUGCGUUCGGAAGACCAGUGAAAGCUUUCUCGUAUGAAAAUUUCUAUCCUUCAACGGAUAUUUAUGCCAGAAUGACGCAGUUGCAGUCCCAGUAUCCAACAAUCUCCAGCGUGUCUACAAUCGGUACUUCGGUUGAAGGGAAGUUGAUUCAGAUGAUGUCGAUUGACUUUGAUGGAGUAUCGAGUGCGAGUUCUAAGCCCAUCGUCUUCAUCGAAGCUGGAAUUCAUGCCCGAGAGUGGAUCAGUCCCGCCAGCGUGAUGUAUGCAAUGGAACAAAUUCUGCUGACCGGCUCGGCCAACAGCGAUCUGUCGCGUUUCGAUUGGCGCAUUGUACCGAUUUCGAAUCCUGAUGGCUAUGACUAUAGUCACUCUACGGACAGAUUGUGGCGCAAAAACCGACGCGUUCCAUCGAGUGGCUGUGUUGGUGUGGAUCUAAACAGAAAUUUUGGAUAUGGUUGGGGCGGAAAAGGAGCAACCACAACCGAUACGUGUGACGAAACUUACGCUGGAACCGAAGCAUUUUCUGAACCGGAAACGCAAGCGAUUCGAGAUGCAGUGACCGCCGUUCAAAGCCGACUGAAGUUUUACCUAUCCGUUCACAGUUAUUCUCAAGUUGUCUUGAUUCCAUACGGUAAUACUUACAAGCUACCCAGUGAUUUUUUGACCAUGAAAAAAGUUGCGAGUGGAUUUUCAGCCUCUGCUAAAAAGCCGAAUAAUCGGAAAUAUAAAUAUGGAGCCACAGCUUGGCUGCUUUAUCCCGCUUCAGGUACGAGCGACGACUGGGCAAAAUCGCUCGGAAUACACACCUCACUAGCUGUAGAAUUGCCUCCAAAACAGUUCGAUCUGCUGAACUCUUACGGCUUUAUUUCUCCGGCAAGCGAUAUUAUUCCAGUUGGAAAAGAAGUUCUAGAAGGACUCAAGGGUGCUGUCCGUGCUAUUAAAUGAAACUAUAAGCAGUUUAUUGCACUGCUUGAUUUAUUUUUGUUUAUUCUGAUCGGACAGACCGUUGUACUGUGGCACUCUUUUCUUUCUGUGUCUUGUUUCUCUGGGAAGCUCAUCGUUCAAGAGUAGUCUGAUGUUCGGUAGCAGCGUUACCGUCGCAGUGGUUGAAAUACAGUCAACGCUGUGCUUGCAAA